GAGCACGCGCUGUUCCUGGCCGUUGCUGCAUGUCAGAAGUACUCGCCCGAGAGGGCCUGGAGGGGAGGUGUCGCCAAGAGGCCCAAGGACUGGUGUUCGACGUGGCAGAAGAUGGAGAUCCCUGCCGAGUUGCAGUGUGAGGCGUUGCAGAGAUUCUUCAACAUGGCGUUCUCCUCGCAGGCAGACGACCAGGAGAAAGCCCCGUCGGUGGUUUCCGAGCUGGUGAAGGCCCACAGACUGAAGCUGCGGAGUGUGGAGGAGGUCCUCGUGACAUUUGGCCACAACUUGGAUGGCCUCUUGGCCAUGAACGAGGAAGCGUGGCAGGUUUAUUCCCCUGCGGCUUAUUUAAUGCACGUGUCCCCGAAGCCAGCCGCCGCGGGCUGGGGCUGGUCCCGCGUGGGCUGGUCGUGGGCGAGCUGGUGGCAGUACGUGGAGAAGUGCGUAUCCAGUUUGGAGGCCGACCGGGCAGCAGCGGCCUUGGGCCGCGGACUGCUGAAGCUGAUCCAGGACAGAGAAGGCACUCCGCUAGGGGAGGUCCAGGCGUGGCAGGAGGGGGACAAGCUCGGCAAGGCGAUUUGCCCGCCCCCAGCUGGGCGAGAUCGGCGACAUGGCCGACGGGGAGGUGGUGGAGAAGCUGACGGAGGCGGGCGUCACUGUGGAGGGGUAGCCGACGGUGCUGCCCGUCGGUGCCGCGCGGCCCGCGGAGUGCGUCUGCCUGGCAGACGCUCGAGCUCCCAGCCGAUGCGGCCGAAGGACCCGGCAGGGCCACCUCCUGGCAGCCGGGGAGCGGCUCGAGGGACGCAGGAUCCUGCGCGACGUCGUGCUCCGACCCUCCCCCGAAGGGGUUCUCGGCCCCGCCUCCCCCCCCCCCUCCCGGGAGGCUGGGAGCGGCGUGGGGGGCCCCAGGGAUAUCCCGAGCUCGGGCGAGCAGGCUCCGCGACCGGCGCCCGAUUCUUCUCCGGUGGUCUAGAAAAGGAGCCGGGCCGCGAGCCAUCAGGGGGAGAGAGAGAACCUGAGGAAGAGUCUGCACGAACGUAAUGGGUACAGAAAGAAUGG